GUGUGAUUCCAGGUGUGGCCUGACCAAAGGGUGCUCUUUGACCCUUGCCCUUCCCUGAGCCAGGUGCAUCCUCCCUCUUUCUCUUUGUUGUCCCUUCCUUGUGUCCCUCCCUCCCUCUCUCUCCUUCAAGGUGACCUCCCAGGGGUGGGGCGUCCUUGGGAUUGCCACCUGGGCAACCUGCUGGGCCUCGCAGGGCCACUGGGGACCGAGGUGACCGAGGAUGGCCCCGCCGGCCGCGUCUGGGAGGCCUCGAGGUUGAAGGGCGACACUCAGGACCUCCACCUGCCAUCGAGGAAGCCGCCUCAGUACCGCGCUAAGCCAAGCCACCUUUCAGGACGGCCCUGGCCCACAGCAUGGCCACCUGAGCCCCGAUCCACUUUCCCAGGUGGGACUGCCUAAGCCUCGCCAAGGCCCCGUCCACGGCGUGGCCCUCCAGCCCUUUGCAGCAGCGAACACAAGCAGCACUCGUCCUCCGCUGGCCUGCAUGGCACGGCCCACCUCAACCACCUCCUCUGAUCUAAUGACAACGACCACCACCUUCAAGGCCUCCUGGGGGAGGAUGGGCAGGAAGCGGGUGGCCCUCAUCGCCUGCCUGCUGGUCCUCAUUGCGCUGCUGCUGGCCCUCAUCCUGCUCUUCUUGUUCUGGCGCUCCGGGACCGACAUGGUUUACAAGGAGCCCGCGGAGACCUGUAAGGCGCCCGUCGUCCGCUGUGACGGGACCCCCGACUGUUCCUUGAAGAGCGACGAGCUGGACUGCGUGCGCUUCAACUGGAACGGGUCCUUGCUCCGGGUCUUCUCGGCGGCGGAGCAGGAGUGGCUCCCCGUCUGCAGCCAAGACUGGACCGCCGCCUUCGCCCAGAAGACCUGCCAGCAGCUCGGCUUCGGAAAUGUCUCCGAGACCGACUCCGUGACGCUGUCCCACUCCGGGAAGAGCCUCCUGCCCGCCGCAUUGAAGGACACCAUCCAGCAGAGCCUCAACCGGACCUCGGAGUGCCCCUCCAGAAGAUAUGUCACGCUCCGCUGCUCGAGCUGUGGUCAGCGCCUGUCGGGGCGCAUCGUGGAGGGCGCGGAGGCCCCAUCCAGCAAGUGGCCCUGGCAGAUCAGCCUCCAGUACGGCUCCAGCCACAUCUGUGGAGGGACCCUCCUCGACCCUCUCUGGGUCCUCACCGCUGCCCACUGCUUCUUCAUGAACAACGUGAAGAUCCUGGACCGGUGGAAGGUGGUGGCGGGGGCCUCGGACCUGAAGCGCCCAGGAGGUGGGUGGGAGGGGGUCCCCGUCAAGGAGGUCAUCAUCAAUGCCAACUAUAGCGAGGAGCACGACGAUUAUGACAUUGCCCUCCUGAAGCUGGCACGGCCCCUUGUCCUCUCCGCCCAGGUGCGCCCCGCCUGCCUCCCCAUGUCCGGCCAGAACUUCAAGCCGGGAAGGACCUGCUUCAUCACUGGAUACGGCAAGGUCAAUGAGCAUGAAGAAAACACAUCGCCGAAGCUGCGGGAGGCCGCUGUGGAGAUCAUCGACUUCCGCCUCUGCAACCGUCCCAGUGUCUACGAGGGCUUCCUGACCCCACGCAUGAUGUGCGCCGGAUACUUGCAGGGGGGCCGGGACUCCUGCCAGGGUGACAGUGGGGGGCCCUUGGUCUGUGAGGACGGCAACCGCUGGUACUUGGCCGGCGUCACCAGCUGGGGCACCGGAUGCGGCCAGAAGGACAAGCCGGGGGUCUACACGCAAGUCAACAAGAUGCUCAGCUGGAUUUACAGCAAGAUGGAGAGCCAACGCCAUUGAUGAGCGAAACAUACGCAUGCACACACACAUACAUGUGGGAGGCACAUGGGCAAAGAGACGUUCCUGUGUGGCUCAGCCUUUCAGGGACCCAUUGCAGUGGCAGCGAGUAGCGGAGAAGAGGAGGAGGAGGAGACCUUGUUCGGGACGCAUUGGGGUCCCACCUUCAUGCCACAGCCAAGACUGGCGAUGCUUGACGACCCAGAUGUUCAAGAGCCCGACACACAGUGGGCCUCUCUGCUCUGCCCAGCUGUUCAGACACAUUUCGCUCAUGUUCGGACAGGGUUGUGGAGAAGUGGGCCUUCUUUUCUCUUCCGCUUCCCGGGCAUUCGGGGUUUCCCACUUACGGCACUUUAAGGGGGAACCGCGACUCAGGGAGACUUCCCUUGGACUUGGAGGUUCUGCAGGUGUAGAGGGAUUCUCGCUCUCUCUCCUGCGGCCACAAAGCUUCCAGACCUCCUCUUUCACUCUGGCACAUCUUGUCAACACAAUGAAGUCUAUUAAAGAUUAUUUUGUUAUUUAAUGA